AAAUAUUUAUAUUUAAUGUUUCGAAAUUUAUGAUGGCUAAAAUUUAUUCGUUUAUUUUAUUUAAAUUUAAUCUGUAAAUUAAACUUAAACGUAACUUUAAAUCGUCCAAACAUGAAUAAGAAGAAUGACAAAUUGUAUAUCUAUGCCUUCGAGAUCUUUUUUGCCUGUGGAAUGUCUUUUGGUUCUCAAAGUGUACAUUUUGACAAUAUACAGACAUGGCUGGUGAUUGUUGCCCGCUAUAUUGUCUACAACUUGAUUAUAAAAGGCAUACACGAAUCGAGUGUUCUCGGUUUCAACCACUUUCAAACUAGGAGUAAAUUAGAUUUCAACAAAAUGUAUGAUCAGAGCAAAAUCUUCCUGAUGAUAUUCGCAGGAUCUAUAUGCGUCUUAGUUUAUUCGAAGCAACGAGUUUUCGACGAAGGUUUUUUAUUGUUUUUUAUUGGACACCUCAUAGCAAAAUAUCCUGAAAUUGAACAAAAAUCUUCGACGAUAAACUAUGGUGUAGGAAUGGCGUGCAGUUUCUUCGAAGGUUACCUCGCGCACAUCAUUCCCAGCGAUGGGGCACGGUUCGUGGGCUUCGAAGAGAACAUCAACAUAUACGAAGCGAAGCAAGGUGUUGUAUUUCCAGUGAAGAAAUUAUUCAUAGUCAUCACGAAGUCGCUCUACUGUCCCCCGGAUUUGAAACAGUUCAAUAAGAAAAACCAACGCCUUCCGUAUUUGGAGGCUUGUCAGUCGCUGGAGGACGUGGAGAAGGACGUCGCCGGCGUCAAGAAUCGCACGUACCGCAACUCCGCCUACAAGAUCUACCGCGCCGGCCGCGCGCCCGUGUACCUCGCGGCCGAGUGCGCGUCCCCGCUGCACACGCUGCACCGCGUGCUGGAGCGCCGCGCGCUGCACCCGGAACUCCUAGAUAUCGACACCCAAGAAAUAGUUUCCGACUUCUGCACGAUGCUUCGUUCGAUAAUUAGCCGGAGUUCGGACUGUCGUGACAAAUGCGAAUUAGUUUUUUACGAUGACAAAGAUCCAAAUCUGAAUCUAGCGGACAUCCUACUCGAGAAGAUAAGGGAGCUGGAACCGGAUUUUGAAAAUAUUAUUACAAUUGAACCUCGGUGAAUCUAUUUCAUAGUUAACUGCUUUUUUAUAUAUUUUUAUGUAUGUAUGUAAGUAACAUUAAUCUAAUUUUUUUUUUUUUUUCGAGUUUUACACGACGGUCCAAAAAAGGAUUGUUACCGAGGUUCAUGAAUGUAUUUGAGCUUGUUUAUCCCACCAUUAGUUUUAGAUUUGGACGUAGAGGGUAUCGUAAGAAUAUUUAUAUCAUCCCGAGUGAUACUGGCUAUAAAUUAAUUCAUUCAUUCCAAUAAUCGAACAAUGGUGAUUUUUUUUUUCAUUUUAAAGUAAUUUUUAUAAACAUUUUAGUAAGUCCGUUCGUAGUAUACAAGUUUAACAUUUAAAAUGUUUGGGAAUUAACUAAAUUGCCGUAGUGGUGCCGCAUACCAUCAGGUGGCCAAUUUGCGAGGCUGCCUAGAUAUUUGAAAAUAUAAUGACUGUUGUUACAUAUUUGUAUUAAAAUAUAUAUUUUUAUAUUCGUUAUUAACUUACCAAUAUAAUGUUAAGCAUGAAUUUCGUUGCAAGAAACAAGAGGCGGAAGGAUUGAGUGAUCAAAUCACGUGUUAUUUCGUCGUGUUUAUAUUCGAUUGCACAAAAAUUGAGUAUAAUGUUUUCGGGCUUCAUGAAUGUGUAUUUUAAGUACACUAUACCAAUCGAAGUAGGAAUAAAGGUAAACAAAACGUUUAUUUACAUAUUUCAUGCGAUUAACUUAUAGUUUUAUUUUGUUUUGGAUUUAAUUAAACAAAAAAAUACCAAUAAGUACUUAUAUCCAAUUGCAAAGUUUCGAUAUCAGCUUCGUUGACAUUCAAAACGCCAUUAUUUUGUGAAUCCAUAAUUUUCUGUCAUAGAUCAUUCGAGAUCUCGGCCAAUGACAUCGCGACAAUUAAAUAUCAGUUGUUUAUUUCGUGAUAUGUUUGUUAGUUUUAUUGUUAUGUUUCGAAUGCCUUAACAGAUUUUAAUGGGGAUAUCAUUAGAAUCUAUGCAUCAUCCCGGGUGACACUACCUAUAAUUCUUUAACCAAUGACAUAAUCUGUGCCCUGUCGGCACAACUAAAAGCCAUUAAACUAAGAAUUGAAUCAAUUACAAAGUUAUCAUUGAAUCCGUAUGAAUGCCACCGAGCUGAGUUGCAUGAGACUAAUCAUUUUCUGAUUGACGGUGAUGGAGACCAGGUCGAGGGAAUCUGUGUCCCGGAUUAAAUAUUAAAUGUGUAUUACGCGUGCUGAAAUAAGUUACAAAACUUCUAAAAAGAAGACAUCUUAAAUACUUUGCAUUUGUUAUACAUUUGUUAUAUUGCUAAUAUUACUGAUAUCUCCAAAAAUUAGUAACAUAUUUUUAGUAUGAGACUCGCAUUUAUUAUUCUGAAAUCAAAGUGAAAAAUCUUUAUUCGAAAUAGAAGCGUUACUUACUUAUUGACUGG